AUGGAAAACACGGCUACUUUAGUCUCGGUGUUGUACGAUAUAAAACGGGAAGAAUGGAAAUCAUACAAAAGAUCAUUCCAAACGUACCUUGGUUAUUUUACAAAUAUUCUAAAACUAAAAACAAAGCUGGUUCUAUUUUGUGAAAAUUCAACUUUACAACUUUUGAAUUCCAACAGUGACUAUCUUGCUCAUGCAAACAUACAUACAAUUGUGAUACCAUAUUCUCAACUGGAAUAUGCUAAAUUUCGGAGCAAAAUAGAAGAGACGUUGUCGUCUGAAGAAUUCAAGAGAGAUAAUAAAAUGUUAAACAAUCCCGAGGGUUACUCAGCUGAUUAUAUUGUAUUAAUGAACAAUAAAUUAUCAUUUAUGAAAGAAGCUGUCGAGAAGGACCCGUUUCAUACAUCCCAUUUUUUCUGGAUCGAUGCAGGAUAUGGACAUGGAAACCGGAAGUUCUUUCCCACGGCACCAACAUACUGGGAACCAAAAAAUCUGCUUAAAUUGAAGAACAAAAUUACCUACAUUAAAUUGUACGAGAAUCCAGACGCCUUUAAAGGAUAUGAGUUACAGAUAUACAAAGAACAAGCUGCACCUAUUUUGAAUGGUGCAUUUUUUGGUGGAGACAAAGAAUCUAUAAUUGAAUACUAUCAUCUAUAUGAUUCAGUUUUUAAGGAAUAUUUAUUUACACAUAAUAUCGUUGAUGAUGAUCAAAAUAUAGGUAUUUUCUGUUAUUAUCGACGACCUGAACUCUUCAAUCUAGUUUUUGGCGAUUGGAACGAUGUCAUGAAAUUAUUUGGUUAA